UAAAAGAAAGAGAGACAUUAAAGUUUAACUUCUCGACCAAAGAAGAAGAAAGAAGAGUGUGUGUGUGUGUGAGAUAGAGAGUCUAGAUCGAUGGCGGCGAGGGUGGUUUUGGCGUUGGUGUGUUUAGUGGUGAUGGGACGGCUGAGUGAAGCUGCGGUAUACAAAGUCGGCGACUCAGCAGGAUGGACAACCAUAGCUAACGUAGACUACAAGCUAUGGGCUUCUACCAAAACUUUCCACAUUGGUGAUACUGUUUUGUUUGAAUACAACCCACAAUUCCACAACGUAAUGAGAGUGACGCACCAAAUGUACAGAAGCUGCAACAGCUCAAACCCAAUCUCCACGUUCACCACCGGAAACGACUCAAUCACACUCACCAACCACGGCCACCAUUUCUUCUUUUGCGGUGUUCCCGGCCAUUGCACAGCCGGUCAGAAACUUGACCUCAACGUCCUCCUCCCUGCCUCCUCCUCACCACUCUCUGAGCCACCAACCUCAUCUCCUUCUCCGUUGACUACUACUAUUCCUGCAGCCGGAGUCCCCGGCCCUUCUCCUAACUUCAGUGCUUCUCUCCCGACUGUGGCGGUGGGUCGAGUUUUGGUCGUGGUAGCUCUUCUAGUCACUUUGGUCUUUGGAAAUUUUGGUUCUUAAUUAGAACAUGUACCUAGUGAAUUUUCAUGUUACACCAUUUCAACCCAAUUUCCAAAUUGUUGAGAUUUAAAAAAUUGUUCAAUAAAUAUGGGUUUGACUACUUUCUUCAACACUUUAGUCCUAAGAUGUACCGUACGUCUAGAUUUCAGAAAAAAAAAAAAAAGAAGAUCCGUCUAGAUUU